AUGCCUUCCAACACCAAUGCCAUGGGGGCACUCGCCGCCGUCCAGAACGACAAGUCCAAGAUAUUAGGCGUCCGUAUGGGCAGGCACACUGUUGAGCCGGGGUUGCACAUCCCCAAGGCCGAAGCACGAGACGAGCCAGUUGUUCGCUUUGAUGGGGCCAACACUUCAACGAAAUACAUGGUCGUCUGUCUAGACCUGGAUGCUCCUCAUCCAUCGUUCCCCUUUCUCAGUCCUAUUCUUCACUGGAUUCAACCUGGGUUGCAGGCGGCAAAUGAAGGCGGACAGAGGGUUUUGAGGGCAUCUGAGCCGUCGAUUAGCGACUAUGCUCCUCCUGGCCCUCCACCGGGCAGUCCACCGCACCGGUACUGCUUCUUCUUAUAUGGGCAGCCGGCAUCCUUGGAUGGGAGCAAGUAUGCUUCAGUCGAUGGGGCCAAGAUGGGCCUCUGGUCGAGAAUGCGCUACAGUCUUGAUACGGCGGAGAAGGAGUUGGGAUUGGGUCCGAUCGUCGCGACCAACUACUUUACGAGCAAUUAG